GAGGAGACGAGCGAAGGAGGCGGGCGGGAGGGAGUCGGAGGCGACGUGGACGACCGGGUGGGAGCUCGCCCGCCCGCCCGCCAUGGAGACGUGGACCAUGAACCUGCCGCGGGGCCCCGAAAACCUGUGCUUCGACAAGAACGAGUUCAUGAAGCCAGACUUUGAUGUUGAUCACUUUGUGUCUGAGUGCAGAAAACGUGUUCAGUUGGAGGAACUUCGAGAUGAUCUCGAGCUUUACUACAAACUGCUUAAAACUGCAAUGAUUGAACUCAUAAACAAAGAUUAUGCAGAUUUUGUUAAUCUCUCUACCAAUCUGGUUGGUAUGGACAAAGCCCUUAACCAGCUUUCUGUACCUUUGGGUCAGCUUCGAGAGGAAGUUAUGAGCCUUAAGUCAUGUGUCAGUGAAGGAAUUCAAGCAAUUGAUGAAUGUUUAUCUAAGCAAGAAGAUAUCAGAAGAAAAAAGAUGUGUGUCUUGAGAUUAAUUCAAGUUAUUAAAUCAGUUGAGAAAAUUGAAAAGAUUCUGCACUCUCAAAACUCUAAAGAACUAUCAUCACUAGAAGUAAGCAGUCCACUUCUGACUGGGCAGAUUUUAGAAAGAAUUGCUACAGAAUUCAACCAAUUACAGUUUCAUGCAGUACAAAGCAAAGGAAUGCCACUUCUAGACAAGCUGAAGCCACGUAUAGUAGGAAUCACAGCAAUGUUGCAGCAUUCCCUGGAAGGGCUGCUUCUGGAAGGUCUUCAGACAUCCAACAUAGACAUAAUACGACAUUGCUUGCGGACCUAUGCGACCAUAGAUAAGACACGGGAUGCUGAGGCUUUGGUCGGUGAAGUGCUUGUGAAACCAUAUGUAGAUGAGGUGAUUGUAGAGCAGUACGUUCAGUCUCAUCCUAAUGGCCUCCAGACCAUGUACAACAAAUUGCUGGAAUUUGUUCCUCUGCAUUGCCGUCUCUUGCGUGAAGUAACAGGGGGAGGUAUUUCAAGUGAAAAAGGGAAUACCGUUCCUGGAUAUGAUUUUUUGGUAAAUUCUGUGUGGCCAGAGAUAGUUCGUGGAUUAGAAGUUAAAUUGCCAUCGCUGUUUAAUCCUGGGAACCCAGAUGCAUUUCAUGAGAAAUACACAAUAAGCAUGGAUUUUGUAAGAAGGUUUGAACGACAGUGUGGGUCACAAGCCAGUGUGAAAAGACUGAGGUUGCACCCUUCCUACCAGAACUUUAAUGAUAAGUGGAAUUUGCCUGUUUAUUUCCAAAUAAGGUUUAGAGAAAUAGCAGAAGCCUUUGAAGCAACCCUUUCCAGUGAUUUAGAAGAAGCUCCAGCUGGAAGUUCAUAUCGUCUCUUAGCUACACAUAUGGCAUGGGCAAGUUUGGAGAAAUGUUGGUCAGCUCAUAUAUUUCUACCAUUGCUAGCACAUCGCCUGUGGAAACUGUCUCUGCAAAUUAUAGCGCGCUAUUCAUUUUUUGUUAAUGAGGUUUUACUCAGGCCCAUCUCUAAUGAAAGCACAAAAGAUCCCAAGAGGACAUUAGGAAGCAGUAGCAAGGAAUCCUCGCUGAACCCAAGCUCCGCUGAGGAUCAAGGAAAUGAAUUUUGCCUGGAUGCUUCGUCUCUGCCUUCCAUAUCCACCACUCAGCUGGUGUUUGUUGCUGCAGAUCUGGAUCACUUUCAGGAAUGGCUUCCAGAACUACUGGAGAUUAUCAAACCAAAACUUGAAACAGUUGGCUUCAAGAAUUUAGACUGCAUCUCAGGAGCAGUAGAAGAUUCAAAGGAUUCAUUACUAGGUUGCUGGCCAGCCUUACACAAUAAGAUUAUUCAGGAUUUAAUUGAUUCUUGCUUCAGUUGCCUGAAAAGUGCCCUUGAGAUCCCAAGGUUGUAUAGAAGAACCAAUAAGGAGGUGCCAACCAAGGCACUGCCUUAUGUCGAUAGUGCCCUUAAGCCAUUCUUCCAGCUGAAGGAGGAAUAUAAAGAGAUAUUAAAGCCAGCUAUAAUUGAGCACUGGCUUGAAGGAGCUGCUAACACAAGCACACAGAAGUAUUUUGAGACAAUAUCAGAUAUACUGAGUUCAGUAAAGAAGAUGGAGGAAAGUUUGAAAAGACUGAAACAGGCCAGGAAAACUGUGAUUGCAAACAGCCUCUCUUCAAAUGGAGGCAUGAGUGAUGAUAACAAAAUCCGCCUGCAGCUGGCCCUAGAUGUGGAGUAUUUUGGACUUCAGAUACAGAAAAUGGGAUUGGUGUUGAGCAACAUCAAAAGCUUUUCAGCUCUUUCGGAGCUUGUUCAAGCAGCCAGGGAUCAGAUAUCAGCAGAACAAACAACAUGAUUUCCAGCUAUUUGAGGAGAGCAAGCCUGGCAUCUAAAAAAGGAGAGGGUUCAUUUUUACUUUCUCUCCCCAAAUAUUGUGUAGCAAGGAAGUGCUUCCUGAUUCAGCUUCAGCAGCAAGUUCAGCAUGUCUCAAGAUGCACAAAAACGUGUUUCACCAAAAGAGAGAGAGAGCAUUUAUUCUAGUUUUCCAUUAUAUGGAAGACGGUUUAUAUAUUUCUAAGCAUUCUACACAGAUAUAUGGAAGUCUUUUUUAUUUUUAUUGUAAGUCUUUAUCAUGAAGGAACAAUAUGAUUAAAGUAAAUUAGAAAAGCA